CAGUGCGAAUUGUGUUCCCGAAGCGUGCGGUGGCGGUACACCAGUCAGUAGUUGCCUAGCUCUGUCCAAAUUAACUUAGACUCUUCCGCGUGUCCCAACAUUUCCAACUGGUGCUGCCGAUUAUCGAACCACUCGCAGUAGGCUCUUGCUGAACCGACGCCACUCGAUAGUUUCAGAGAGAGCAGUUUUCCCCAGGAAGUCGUACAGGGAAGUACAGGGAAGUACAGGGGAGCAUCGCAAGGAUGGCCGCCCAGCAAAAGGACAUCUCGCACGGCAAGCGCGCCGCCUUUCAGGUCCUAGCCGGCGGUUCGGCCGGCUUCCUCGAGGUCUGCAUCAUGCAGCCGCUGGACGUUGUGAAGACCCGCAUCCAGAUCCAGGCCACUCCGGCCCGCAGUGGCCCGGCCCUGGGCGAGCUCCACUACAAUGGCGUGUUCGACUGCUUCGCCAAGAUGUACAGAAACGAGGGCAUCACCUCCUAUUGGAAGGGCAUUAUGCCGCCCAUUCUGGCCGAGACCCCCAAGCGGGCCAUCAAGUUCCUGGUGUUCGAGCAGACGAAGCCGCUCUUCCAGUUCGGCUCGCCCACGCCCACCCCGCUGACCUUUUCGCUGGCGGGCCUGACCGCCGGCACCCUGGAGGCCAUCGCCGUGAAUCCCUUCGAGGUGGUCAAGGUGGCCCAGCAGGCGGAUCGCCAGAAGAAGAUGCUCAGCACAUUCGCGGUGGCCAAGGGCAUCAUCAAGCAGGACGGACUGGGCUUUCGGGGCCUCAACAAGGGCAUCACCGCCACAAUGGGCCGCAAUGGUGUCUUCAACAUGGUGUACUUCGGAUUCUACCACAGUGUGAAGAACGUGGUGCCCGAGUACAAGGAGAGCCACCUGGAGUUUAUGCGCAAGGUGACCAUCGGUUUUCUGGCCGGCACUCUGGCCUGCUUCGUCAACAUCCCCUUCGACGUGGCCAAGUCGCGAAUCCAGGGACCACAGCCGGUGCCCGGCCAGAUAAAGUACCGAGGAACGCUCAGCUCCAUGGGCAUCGUUUACCGCGAGGAGGGAUUCCGGGCUCUGUACAAGGGACUUGUGCCCAAGAUCAUGCGCUUGGGUCCCGGCGGUGCCAUCCUGCUGCUGGUCUUCGAGUACUCCUACGACUACCUGCUGCACAACUACUCCUAGCUUCCCCCUUUCCCCCAUCUAGGUCUUAGUUAGUCUCCAUAUUUUUUUCAUUUUUUUUCCUAAUGCCUAAGAUAGUUGCAUAGCCAAGAGGGCGGAGCCAAACCGAAAUUGAAGAAGGAUCUUUACGAAAGGCAUACUAUUGUGAUUUGUAAAAAUGCUAAAUGUUUUAAAUACUGUAAAUCAUUAAACUAGUAAUUGUAAUAGUAAA